AUGUAAGAAUAUAAUUUUUAAGUGUAUUAAAAACCAAAAAAUGAAUUUGAUGUUAGUUAUGAAGAUUAAGUAAAACAAAAAAAACAAAGAUUAUGGACUGGAAAACCUGUACCAUAAUAAUAAGAUGAUUAAGAUGAUGAUAUAUUUGAUUAACCAAAAAAAGAUGAAAAAGUAGAAAUUACAAAGGUUGAGUAAGAAAUUUAAAGAAAUCCUUAAGAAAUUGUUCAAACAUUUCAAAAAGUUGAAAAUGAUAAUUAUUAAAUUGAAGUUGUUGAUGAAGAAGCAGCUAUGAUGAGAAGAAGAAGAGUAAUUUAAUCUAGAUUGGCAGAAGAAUAAUAAUUAUUGUAAUAAGAAUAAUAAUAAAAUCAAGAAUAAAAAAAAGAGAAAAAGUAAAAGGAAAGAAAAAAAGAGAAAAAACAUAAAAAGAAAAAGGAUGAUAUCAUUUAUAAAAAUGAUUAAGAUGAAUAAGAAGAAGAUAAUUAAGAAUAAUAAAAAGAAAUUGAAUUACUAAAACCAGUAUUUGUUUCUAGAGUUUAAAGAGAUUAAUUAGAUAAAAUAGAAGAAGAAGAGAUUAGAUUAAAAGAAGAAAAAACAAAAAAUUUAGAACGAAUGAGAUUAGAAAAUAAAAUUUUAAUUUUAAAUUCUGUUAAAUCUGAUGCUGCAAAAGCAGUUAAUGAGGAUAGUGAUGAUGGAUAAUAAAAAUUAAAUGAUGAAGAUACUUUAGAUGAAACUGAAUAUGCAUUAUGGAAAAUAAGAGAAUUAAAAAGAAUCAAAUAAUUUAAUGAUGAAAAAAAUAAAUAUGAGAUAGAAAGAGUUGAAAUAGAAAGAAGAAGAAAUUUAACAGAUAUGUAGAGAAUUCAAGAAGAUUUUAAAUUAGGUUCUGAUAAAACAAAAAUGGAAGAUAAAACAAAAUAUGUUUUCAUGUAGAAAUAUUAUAAUACAGGAGCUUUUUAUAAAGAUAUGGAUGAUCCUAUAUUUUAAAGAGAUUAUAAUUUACCAGUUGGUGAAGAUUUGUGGGUAUUAUAAUAUUAUUAUUAUUUUUAGAGAAAGGACAAUUUACCAUAGAUAUUACAGAAGAGAAGAGGAGAAUUUGGAAAAAAAGGAAAUUCUAAAUAUACUCAUUUAACUUAAGAAGAUACAACUAAUUUUGAUCCAAGUUAUUAAGUAGAUUAAAAUAUUAGAUAAAAAUUCUUAAAUUAAUAGGCAGGAUCAAAAUCUUCAAAUAAUUUCUUUAAUCAGUUUAAAAAAAGUUGA